AUGAGAGGAAUGAGAUCAUUGGCCGCCUCCGCCUCCGCCAUGAAAACCGGCCAUUACCACUUCUGGAACACUUCAGUACCUUAUCUCUUCGGCGCAAUAACGCUAACUCUGCUUCUCAUCCUCACCGCAUUGAUUUUCCUCGUUUGCUCUUGCCGGAAACACUCUUCUUCUUCCGACGAAGAAGACCAGAAGACGAAGAUCGAUACGCCAUCAGUAGCGGCGGACGAUCCACAACCUAAAAUCGUCGUCAUAAUGGCUGGAAAUCACACGCCGACCUUCCUCGCUACUGCUACGCCUUCCGAUUCUUCUAAUUUCUCCCGAUCGACAGAGCGGUUUUGA